ACAAAAAAUCAAUAGUUAUAUACACAUUGGAAUGUGCGGAUCUCAAAAUACAAAUUAAUUUUUUAAGCAGUUGAAAACAAACAAAAGCAAACAAAAAAACAAAAGAACUCGAAAAAUGUAUGGCCUAUCUCCAUCUGCGCUUGAUGUCAAUAAUCAGCGCUUUCGACUUCGUGAUAUCGACAACGAGCAAAUAAUGUCAACUUUUGGAAACAUUGGACAUACAUUGAGUAUAUCGGUUGAAAGAUUUAUUACAAUUGGCGAAAUAAUUGCAGAGGAAAAUACGGAUAUAAAAGUCGAUAUGUAUGAGGCUGCUAGAGAAGCGAGGGAUGCAGGAAAGUCCAUUGAACAGUUAUGUGAUCCUUCGCCUCUAGGUGGAAUGGAACUUCGGCAUCAUACUGAGCCAUUAAAGGAUUACGGUGCUAUUAUACUAGCAGCUAGAUCACUUCUUUCAGCAAUAACACGAAUUCUUCUGCUAGUGGACAUAAUUGUGGUUAAAAAACUACUCACUGCAAAGAAGCGAGCUUCUGAAAGUUUGGAAAAGCUGGAGUCUGUUAUGAAUUUUACCGAGUUUGUUCGCGCGUUUUCUAUAUUUGGCACAGAAAUGAUUGAACUAGCGUACCUCACUGGGCAUCACCGGAAUUCAUUUAAGGAAGAGCGGCGGCGUGCUCAAAUGUUCUCGGCUCGUCAAAUUCUUGAAAAGUCCAUAUCAAUUUUAUUGACAUCAUCAAAAAAUAGUCUAAUACACAGCGAUUGUGUUAUUGUUAAGGAAAAUCGGGACACAGUGUUUUGCCAAAUACGACGUGCAAUGGAUUUAAUACAUUUCGUAAUAAAGGAUAGUAUUUUCGAUUCAGCCAAGCAUAUGGCAUAUCGUAAUGCGCGAGGUAAUUCGAAUUAUGAAAAUGAAAGCAUAUAUACGACAAUAAAACGUAUUGUAAAUCUCAUUAAGAAAUUUAAACUACAAUCCAUACAAUAUGAUUGUAACAGCAAUAAGGAGGGAAAUAAUAAUCCAGAUGCGUUUUACCCCUUAUUUAACGAUGACGAUUGGAAAAAAGAAGAGAACUUAGCGCCAAUUGACGGUAGCCACAUGAUUAAAAAUACAAAUUAUAAAAAACAUAUGACCUACGAAAGUCUGGACCUUAGCGAUGAACUUUCUGUGGCUUUUGAUAAGUUGUUUGAGAAAACGCAUGAUUUUACAGAUUCUCCCUACAUUAGUCAUGAGCAUCGUAAGAAUAUAUUAAUUUACUGUGACAACUGUAAACUGCAGUUCGAUAUGUACCUCAAUCAUUUAAAAAAAGAUUUCCAUGAUAACAAAGGCUUAAGAGUACCAAUACAAGGCAGGGAACCUGAAAUGAGCUUGCUUGAAAGCCUACAAGAUUUGUGUAAGCAGCUUGUCGUGUCUGUAUCGAGCCAAAUAGCUGACUUUAAUGAAUCGCUUAGCAUUUGUACAAGGAUUGUGAAAUCGUUUUAUGUUUUGGCAAUGGCACAUGAUCUUGAGAAUCUAAAUCAGUGUUCUACCAAAUUUCACGACUGCUGUGAUCAUAUAUUCGAUAUCUGCAAGUUGUUGCAGCAUAUAGCACCAACGGAAGGACUUCAGGUUCACGCGAAAUGUUUGGCAAUUAACUUGCGAAUCUAUGGUCCACAAGUAUUUGUUGCAGCUAAAAUCCUUUGGAAGUACUCUAACAGCAGCGCGGCAAAUGAAAAUUUUGAAUCAUUUUUGGGAAUGUGGAAGUGGUUAGUGAACGAGAUUUCAACGAUAGCUAAAAAAAUCCUUGCUUCGGUAGACACAACUAAAACUGACAUGGACUCUCAAAUAGAGAAAUGUGAAACAACAAUAAAAUCAUCAAAACCUCCUGGAGCGGCCUCAGAUGAACGAGAAAUUGUGGAGUACUCAGGCAUAGAUAGUAAAAACAAUGGAGAUUCAAAAUGGACAGAGGAUUUAUCAGAUGACAACGACAUAUUAAAAAGAGCCAAAAAUAUGUCCGCUAUGGCUUUUUUAAUGUAUCAAUUUACGAAGGGAAACGGUUCUUUACGAACGACACAAGAUUUGUUUACUCAAGCGGAAUAUUUUGCUGAAGAAGCCAACCGACUUUAUAAAGUCCUUCGCCAUUUCUCAUAUCAGGUACCUGCAAGUGAUAACAAAAAGGACCUUCUAAGUAUAUUAGAUAGAGUGCCAACUUUUGUCCAAGCUCUACAAUUUACAGUAAAAGAGCAUACAGUCGGAAAAGCUGCAACAUUUGUUAAGGUUGAUCACGUCAUAAGGGAAACAAAAAAUCUUAUGAAUGUUAUAAAUAAAGUCGUCUCGAACUGUUUUGAGUGCGCAAACAAGUACAAACUAAAUUUUACCGGUAUUACUGGCGGACUUACAUCUGGUUCAGUACGUGGAGAUGAAAAUCUCGCUGGUGGAAUGUGUGACUCGAAAGGAACAACAAGCAGCACCGAAGGAAGUAUGUGACAUUAUGGAAUGGCUCGAAGAGCCAAAGGUGAUGCCCGACGGACAAGAGUAUCAUUUUUAUUGUUUUGAACAUACCUUAUAAGUGAGUGAAAGUAUUUGUACCAUAAUUUCUAAAUUAUAUCAUCAAGUUGAAAAAAAUCUGUCAAAGUAUAUGUUGCAAAAUGUUGUAUAAAACUGUAAUAUACAUCUAUAUAUAAAAAAAAUUAGGCAUUUAACCGUAAACCAACAGUAAAUAAUCAAAAAUAGUGUAUGUGUCCUUAAGUGUUUGAUUCAAAA